AGCCACAGCUUGAUCCGUUAACGAGGGUCGAUAUAGAAAUUUGUUUCGCUUUGAUCAUUCACUGCUGAGAUAUGCGCGCCAGCUUAGAGAGUAAGAAAAGCGUGCGGGAGUAGAUCCCAUUACUGUACAUAUAUGUAUACAUGUGUAUGUAUUUCCGACAAUUAUCCGCCAUUGGAGCGGACCAAUCAACAUCAACCAAUUUAAUCGGGGUGGUUAUUAAAAAAUGAAUGUACUGCGAUUCAACAGUUGUCUACGUAACAAAUCUUAUUACAAGCCCUGUUGUAGCAGAUUUUCCACUCAAUUCUUAUCAGAUUUUCCAACAACUUUCAACCCUAAAAUCUUUAAACAUGACUGGUAUAAUACCUGGGAAAAGAAUCAAUACUUCACCGUCAAGUCCACUGAAGAUAAUGCAUUCAGAAUGUUGUUACCUCCUCCGAAUAUAACUGGAACAUUGCAUUUGGGACAUGCGUUGACUGUUACAAUUCAAGAUAUACUGGCAAGAUGGUACAGAAUGAAAGGUCAUCCUACUUUGUGGAUACCAGGUUUAGAUCAUGCUGGUAUAGCAACGCAAAUGAUGAUAGAAAAGCAUCUUUGCAAAACAAAAAGUAUCCUAAAGUCAGAGAUAGGGAAAGAACAAUUUCUUUCGGUUGUAUGGGAUUGGAAAGGUCAAAAAGAAAGUGGAAUAAAGAAUCAGUUAAAAGCUUUGGGAGCCAGUUUAGAUUGGUCUAAAGAAUAUUUUACAAUGAGCAAGGAUCAUAACAGUGCUGUGAUCGAAUCAUUUGUAAGAUUAAACGAUCAUAAUUUAAUAUAUAGGAAAAAAGAUUUGGUUAACUGGUGUCCUAGUUUAUGUAGCACAAUAUCCGAUAUCGAAGUGGAGCAUACGUUUAUUACUGGGAAAACAGCUCUUCAAGUUCCAGGAUACAGUAAGAGGGUAACAUUCGGUGAAAUCGCUUAUAUAGCUUAUCCAGUUAAAGAUUCAAAAGAUGAAAUAGUUGUGGCAACAACCAGACCCGAAUCUCUUUUCGGCGAUGUAGCUAUCGCUGUUCAUCCAAACGACGAAAGGUAUACGAAAUAUAUUGGCCAAACAGUUUGGCAUUCCUUAAGAGAAACCUAUAUACCCGUUAUCGCUGAUCAAUCAGUCGAGAGAGAUUUCGGCACUGGAGCAGUAAAAGUAACACCGGCACACGAUCAUACAGACUACACAAUUGCUACAAAUCAUCGAUUAAACAUCAUCCAAGUUUUCGAUGAACAUGGGAUGAUAACGGAUGCAGGAAAACAAUACAAGGGUACUCCAAGAUUCAUUGCCAAAGAAAAAGUUUUAAACGAAUUAUCGAACAAAGGCCUCCUGAGACGUGUUUGCGAUCAUAAAAUGGGCAUACCAAGGUGCUCGCGUUCUCAAGAUAUUGUAGAAUACGUACUAAAGGAACAGUGGUUUGUCAGAUGCGAGGGCAUGGCACGAAAAGCAAUGAAUGCAGUGGAAAAAGGUCAUUUAAACAUUGUACCUACGAUACACGAACAAUCGUGGUACGACUGGCUUGGAAAUAUUAGAGACUGGUGCAUAUCGAGACAAUUAUGGUGGGGUCAUCGUAUUCCUGCUUAUUACGUUACAGUUGGAGAUCGUACCGAAUGGAUAAUUGCUCGAACUGAAAAUGAUGCGCGGCUAAUUGCUCGAAAUACGUAUGGACCUGACGUGAAAUUACAUCAAGACCAGGAUGUAUUGGACACAUGGUUUUCUUCCGCGAUUCUUCCUUUUGCUGUAUUAGGAUGGCCAAAACAGACAGAGGAUCUUAAGAAUCACUAUCCGUUAACAUUGAUGGAAACCGGACAUGAUAUUUUAUUUUUCUGGGUUGCGCGAAUGGUAAUGCUAGGAUUGGAAUUAACCGAUCGUCUACCUUUCAACGAAGUACUUUUACAUGGUAUUUUAUGCGAUGCCCACGGGAAAAAAAUGUCCAAAACACUUGGAAAUAUCAUUUUGCCAGAAAAUAUUAUUAACGGUGCUACGGUUAAAGAUCUUAAAGAACAAAUCGAAGAAAACUAUAAUUCAGGCACUCUUAGCAAAAAGGAAUUUGACCGUAUGCUAUCUGGAAAUAAAAAGAUGUUUCCCAACGGAAUACCAGAAUGUGGUGCGGAUGCACUACGUAUGACGUUAUGCAGUCACAAUGUUAAAAAUAAAAAGAUCAAUUUCGAUAUGAUGGAAUGUCAAGCAAAUAAACACUUUUGUAAUAAAAUUUGGCAAGCAAGCAAAUAUAUCAUACUCGUAACAAGCGAAAAACAAUGUCAGAAACCGAAAUGCUUAACAAUUAUCGAUCGUUGGAUUUUAAGCCAGUUAUCCAGAACAGUUCAGGCUGCUAACGAUGCCUUCCUACAACGAGAUUUUCAUACAGCUAUCGCAUCAUUAAGGUCGUUCUUAUACCAUCAAUUUUGCGACUUUUAUUUGGAGGCUACAAAAUGGGGAUUCAAAACCGAAAAUUCAAAUGUUAUGUUGAGUCAUACCUACAGUUUGAGAACUUGCUUGGAAGUUUCGUUACGACUAAUUUCUCCAAUCAUUCCAUUCUUCGCCGAUGAAUUGUAUACUAGGUUGUCAGAUAAAUUUCCAGAAUUUUUAUCAGUUCCAUCGUUAAUGGAAGCACCAUAUCCAAUGCCGGAACAGUUUCAUACAUGGAAGAACGACAUACUCGAUAAAAGAAUACAGGAGGUUAAAGAUAUGAUUUUAGAAAUUAGGUCUAUAACAGCUAAUAUUAGUAAAAAAUUAAACCCAGAAGUUCACAUUCUAACUUGUGAUUCUGAAGAUUUUCAAUUUUACAACGAGAUUAUACACUUUAUUAAAGGAGGAAGCAAAAUCUUCAAUAUUUAUGUGUCUUUGAAAAGUGAUCACACAGAAGAUAAGAAUGGCGUAUAUCAUCGCUUAAGUUCCCAUUGUGUAUUGUUUAUUACUGCACAGGAUCCCUCGGUUCUGGAGAAAAUUACACAAGAUAUAGAUAAAAAAAUGUCACAGAAGAAGGCCAGCUUAAAAUCUUAAUUCGUUCAAAUUACUUUUCACUAUAAAACAAGAAAAAACCGAACAUAAUAUUUCAAUGAAAAUCGAUUUUAAUAAUAUAGUAAUAUAGUAAAUAUAUAUUUGCAUCAAUUUUCAUCAAUGUCCAUACGUUCAUUGUCACGAUUGUUUUCAUCGUUAUCGUUAGUAUCGCUGCUUUCGUCUUCCGAGCUUGAACUACUGGAAUUAUACCAUGUUUGUGAAGAUACGUCAUCUGCCAUUAUUGUCCUCCAUUCAUCUAAUUUACGGUAAUCUAGAAGAACAAUGCACGUUACAGUGUAUAUUAAAGUUUACAUCAGCAUCGUACAAAGAAAAUUAAAUACAUUAUUAUAAUGUA